GUGAAUGGUGUGAAAAUUCAAUUAAGAUCUUGGGCAUAAUGUUAUUACUCUUUAGUCUUAAGACAUCUUGGCUUAUUUACUAAUUUUAUGUAAAAAUUAGAGAUGUCUAUCAUGGUCACAAGUUGAGCUAUUGCUGGUAUUUAAUUUCAACUGUCAUUUGUAUUUGUAGAUUAGUUUUUGGCAAUAUGAAAUAUAAGGUUAUCUAAAUUUUUCUUCCUUACUAUCAGUUUUCUCGCUUUUUUAUCAAACUUCUACCUUGUUCAUUUAGUUCUUUAGGGAAAAGUGAUGGUAUCAUGUCAAAGGCAUUCCAAGCUAUGUCAAUGAGAUACAAUGCACUACCUAUGGCCUUUCUUUUCUCUGUGAGAAAAGGAAUUUGUGUCAGCUUGCCCCUUUGCGAGCAUGACAGCAGGAUCAAAAAUCUCUAUGACACUGAAUUAUCCAUUUUUGACUUCUGUAGUGUCUAAUUAAUUAGCUUUCCAAGGAAAAUAGCUGCACAUGAAUCAUGCUUGUUUGUAUCUCAGAAAAUGUGAGAUCCGUUUCUUGAUUGUUAGGCUUAGUUGAGCCGAGGAGAUUGCCAAUUCUCUGUAUUUUUAGAUACCCUGGAGCUUGAGCUAAUGAUUCCACAAUGGUAGUAUUAUGGAUUGUAAGUAAGGUGCAAAUAGAGGGUUUUAUCAUUUUGCAAUUGUAUAAGGAGAUUUGUAUUCAACUAUUUUGACAUUAUGACUACUGUAGUAGCUUUGAGCAUUUUUUUAAAAUUUUUAUUAAUUUUCUAAUAUUGUCUAUGGCCAAACUGAAGAAGAAUCAUGACUUUAGAGUGAAUAGAACUCUAUUAUAUCGUCCUGGUCAUUUGAUUGGGAUUUGGUAAUUUCAUUAUGAUAGAAUGAUGAUAAAGCUGUAAUAUUGGAUCACAUUUGCAGUUAAUCCCCCAGUUUUGCUAAGGGUUGCCAUGGGGUGUGAUAAAGGAUGUGGAUGAUUAAAGAAACUUUGUUAUGUAAAUAUGAAAAUAAGAUUAUGACAUAGGCCUUCGGUAAUUUGAACCUUUCUUAGUUGAAUUAGCUUUCCAGGGAAUUACUCAGUUGGGGAAGAAGAUUGUUCCAUCUUGUAACUACGAUUUUCAUUCCAGGUAUCAAACUGGGAGACCUGCCCUAGCCCAAAUGAUCAGGUCCAACCAUCUUAAUCGGGCGGGUCAAUCUUCUUGGAAAGAAUGGGCAGCCAAGUGUUAACCUUAUUUUGAAAGGUUCAGAAGAAGGAAAAAAAGAACAACUUGUCCAACGAUACAAUCUACUAGAACAGAAAAUAGAAAGCAAUGAAUAUAAAAAAAAAAAAUGAAAAUUGAAGUGUAUCAGAUUGAGGCGUGGACCCUUGGUGACAACAUGGACUGAUAUGUGGCUUGACUAGCAAAGUCUUGAUGUAAAUCAAAGUCCCAAAGCUCACUUCUUCAAAACUUGUUAGAGGAUAAGGAUGAACACAGUUAAGCGAGAGUUUGUGUGAUCCGACGCAAGCUCUGCUAACACUAAAAGAAGCCCAAGAAAGCCCUGGAAAUGUACCGAAGGAGAAUUCUACAACAUUCACUCAUUGUCUCGUUUGCUUUAUAUAAGAUAAGUAACAUUCACUUAUUUUGCCACAACACAGAAAACACAGCAAACAAAAAACAGUGGAAGAUGAUAUAAUACUAUUGGAUUUUUGGUCAAGCCCUUUUGCAAUGAGGGUGAGAAUUGCAUUGGCAGAGAAGGGAAUUGAUUAUGAAUCAAGAGCAGAGGAUCUAAGCAACAAAAGUUCUCUACUUUUGAAGAUGAAUCCUCUUCACAAGCAAAUCCCUGUGUUGAUCCACAAGGGGAGACCUGUUUGUGAAUCCCUCAUCAUAGUUCAAUACAUCGAUGAGGUUUGGAGAGACAGGUCUCCUCUGCUCCCUUCUCAUCCUUAUGACAGAGCCAAUGCCAGUUUCUGGGCUGACUUUGUUGACAAAAAGAUAUAUCCGACGGGGAAGUUAGUUUGGGGAGCAACAGGCGAGGUCCAAGAAGCUGCAAAGAAAGGGCUAAUUGGUUGCUUCCAGCUGCUGGAAGGAGAGCUUGGAGACAAGCCUUAUUUCGGAGGUGAGAAGUUUGGGUUUACGGAUGUAUCACUGAUUCCCUUCUACAGUUGGUUCUAUGCACUGGAGACCUGUGGGAACUUGAGCAUCAUAACAGAGUGCCCAAAGCUGGUUGCAUGGGCUAAAAGAUGCAUGGAAAGGGAGAGUGUGUCCAAAUCUCUGCCUGACCAAUGCAAAAUGUAUUGCUUCCUUAUGGAGCUUAAGAAGAAAUGUGAGGUCAAAUGAGGUGGUUUACCCUUUUUCCUUUACAAGACCUUCAGGCCUUUAUAUGGCGGUCUAUUGUUUUGUUGCAUUUCAAUAAACACUUGUUAAAAUAUAUGAGAAAGGCUUAUGUAUUAUACCAAAAUAUUCAAAUAAA